AUGUGUGAUAGUGAUAACUCAGAAGAUCAAAAUGAUCAACCUUGUGCAAAGAAAGUGAAACUACACUAUGGCAUACUACCAAGUCAUCAUUCCCAACAAUCAUCACAGGGAUCACAAAAUAUUAUUAUUGAAACUGGACGCUACCCUGAUCAGUUAAACACAAGGCAUACUAUCAAUGUUUUGUUAAACAAUAGUAAAAGAAAAAGUCAAAAACAAUACAGGGAGCGGAACAGAGAAAAAUUGAAACAUCGUGAAGCAGAAAGAAGAAAGCGUAUAAAAUCUUCACAAAGUAUUAUCGGACCGUCUACCUCUUCAAACUCAAAUAUAAUGGAAGUAAAUAAUGAAAAACCAGUAAUUGCUAUUUCAUCUACUCUUCAAAAUAAAAGAGACCGUCAAUAAAGAUACAGGGAAAAGAACAGAGAAAAAUUGAGUAAGCGUGAAGCGGAAAGAAGGAGACGUCUACAGAAUGCAGAAAGUAUUAUAGAAUUACAUACUUCUCCAAAUAUAGAAAAUAGAGAAAUAAUUAUAGAACCACUAAUCAUAAUAGAUGAAGUAAGUACAAAUUCUCGAAAUUUAACUGGUUUGGGAGAAAUGGAGCAUAAAGUGUUUGACAUAUCUCAGCAAAAUUUAAGUAACCUAUCAAGCGCAAAUAUUGCGGAAAUUCCGAAUAACUACCAGUCAAUUUAGAUACCAUAAAACAGCUCAUGAAUAUUUCAUCGAUAACUUUAAAAAUAAUGAAUUUGGAAAUGCUUGUGAAGUGAAUUAA